GUUUAAACAUCAUGAAGAAACUCAAUAGUCUCACUUCCGGUAUCAACUCACCUAUUCCUACAAGCUUAGCAGGCGAAUGCAAAAAGGCCGCUAAAAUCCUGAACAGUUUUGUUGAUCCUGGACAGGGACUUGACAAAGUGAUCCCGCCCAAUAUUCUUGCCAAUGCCCAAGGUUUGGCUAUAUACACUGUUCUGAAGGCCGGUUUUCUCUUUUCAGGACGUGCAGGCGGUGGUUUGGUCGUAGCAAGAUUACCGGAUGGAAGCUGGUCAGCUCCUUCUGCUAUUGGUACUGGAGGCAUUGGUGCAGGUGGACAAAUUGGUGCCGAAUUGACGGAUUUUGUUCUGGUGUUGAAUACAAAGCAAGCAGUAAAAACGUUUAGUCAAUUUGGCAAUGUUACUCUUGGUGGAAACGUUUCUGUCGCUGCGGGUCCCAUUGGUCGUAAUGCGGAAGCAUCAGGUUCUGCGAGCUUGAAGCAUAUCGCUGCGAUUUAUUCUUACAGUAAAACACGAGGAUUAUUUGCCGGUGUGUCACUGGAAGGUUCCGUGGUCGUCACACGAGGGGAUGCCAAUGAAAAAUUCUACGGUAGACGGGUCACGGCGAAGGAACUGUUGAAUGGCACAGUAGCUCCACCACCGGAAGCCGACGCGCUGUACCGGGCAUUGAAUGCACGAUUUCAUAACUUGGGAUCCACGGGCGCCAUGUAUGCCCGUAGUAGCAGUGAAAGCAGCCGAUCGCCGACAUAUAAAAGCUCACACAUCUCCGCCCCUGGCACACUCAGUCGACCGCCAGCACCCAGACAACAGCAACAAAAUCCGUAUUACGGUGCACCGUCUCCAGCGAUGGGUUCUUAUACGGGUCAACCGUCGCCACCUGCUUACAACGCAGCUCCGUCCACGAAUGCAGGCGGUUAUCACAAUUACGGUCAACCACCUCAACCUCCUGCCCCUUAUGCCGGAGACGUGAAACGGGCUCCUCCGCCACCGCCACCGAGUCGCAAACCUCAAAUGGAGCCGACCGCUCGUGCUCUCUAUGCGUUUACGGGAGAACAGGACGGCGAUCUCAGUUUCCAAGAAGGUGAUAUUAUUACCAUUGUUCAGAAAAGUGACAGCACCGAUGAUUGGUGGACUGGAAAAUUAGGACAUCGGCAGGGCAUGUUCCCUGCCAACUAUGUCCAGUUACUGCAAUAAAGCGGGGUUCUCCCUAAUCACGUAGACAAAAUCACUAGUUAAUAUCAAUGUAAUCCUCACCCUUAUUAAAAUUUUGCCUCCGAGUUGU